UCUAUAUUGUGCUCUAUUUACACAAAGUUAGGUUAGUUCAUCAUUUAUGUUGAAUGGACUCUCAGUCUGGAGGACCCUUUCACCAUGUAAACAUGCAGUGGUUCUGUGUAGAAGUCAUAGUUCUAAUACAGUCCCCUUUACUGAAGAGCUUGUGAAGAACCAUCUUUAAGACUGUGGGCCGAUGUUGUUGACUGAUAUUUGUAAUGUCUCAUAUCUGUAGGUGCUGAUAAAUAAACAUCAUGUGUAGAAAGUGGGGCUUCAUGUUCCUGGAUACCUUCAUCAUCUCUUCCUACAGAGAAUGUGUUAUUAGCUAAGCUUUUGUCUGUACAGCUGUAACGCCCGAAUGGUGGUGGCAUUGAUGAAAACAGAUUAGGAGCGAUGCUCCGGUUCUGAUCCAGUCAUGAGCGUCUUGGGCUUCUUCACCCCAGCAAAAGAGGAGGACCGGCGCUGGACGGGGGGAGAAAAAGCGAAGGAUCAGAGAGGUGGAGCUCUGCUGAGCGGAGAGGAGGCCAGAGACUUCUACCAGAGUCUGCUUGGAGAAGAGAGUGCGAAUGGACAGAAGGAGAAGAAAGAGCACUGGAAGGAGAGACGACGGAGAAGAGGACAGAGAGGACGUCUGUACAGAAGGUCUUCAGGAGGGAGUGUGGCGCCCCCCAGUGGCCAAGCUGACGCCGUGUUGGAGCGAGACGGUCACCGGCUGCUGCGCUGUGCUCAGGACGGAGACCUGCGGGCGCUGAAGGAGCUGCUGGACCGCGGCUGUGAUGUAAACUUCCGAGAUGGGUUUUACUGGACGCCACUGAUGUGUGCGAGUCACGCUGGGCAGAGGGAGGCCGUCCGUCUGCUGCUGAACAGAGGGGCAGCCUGGGUGGGAGUCGUAGACACACAGGGUAGAGAUGCUCGAUCGCUUGCUCUUCAGGCGGGUCAUCAGGACGUUGUAACAGAACUGGAGCGGUUCGGCCUUGCAGAGAACUCACUCACUCCUGAUGACAUCACACCCAGUCCUCGGUGGUGUGACGUGUGCCAGGUGAAUUACACAGAUGGCGCUCAGGCUCACGCCACGUCCACUCUGCACCAGUUCAGCCUGAAGCGCCCCCCCGCGGCCCCCCACUACUGCCUCCCUGAGUCCAGCGUCAGCUACAGGAUGAUGCUGCGCUCGGGCUGGGACCCCCAGCAUGGCCUGGGACCCUCGCACUCCGGCCGGAAGAACCCCGUUGGCACGGUGCUGAAGAGGGACCAGCGCGGCCUCGGCUACGGACCCCCGCAGAAGUCCAAGGUCACCCACUUUGACGCCAAGGACCCGCAGGCCGUGCGGCGGACGGAGCGUAAAGAGGGAGCGGAGAGGAGAGAGAGACGGACGAGGCUCACUGCGAAAGAGAUGAAGAGGAGGGAGGAGAGCGAGAGGAACUGGGAGAGAGACUUCAGGAGCUCCUUCAACGUCCACGCCUGAACUGACCAGCUCGUUUGGGGACACGUGGGUUUUUUUUUUUUUAAAUAAAAAAUAUUUUUUUAAUUGUCGAUUUACUUAUUAAACAGAUAACUGUUUACAACA